CCUGCUUUCAGUUCAGUCAUGAGUUUCCAGUAAGAAGAGGCGUGUGAUGUGAAAUGAACAUCGUUGUACUUUUCUACAUCAUCUUGAAGGAUUAAUUUUACCAUAACCGUCCGAUUUAAACUCUAUUGAUGGAUUUCCACUCUAAACUUUUUGUCAAGUUCGGUCUAUUAUUUAUAAGAACUGGAUAAGAAAACCUGCGCACGUUACUACUCUUAUGGGAACGGACUUUUAGUGAGAAAAACACCAGGAACCAGCAGAAAUGGCAGGAAUAAACAGCUCAAACAUGAAAACUCUGGAGGAUUUGACUCUGGACUCUGGCUAUGGAGCAGGGGACUCGUGUAAAUCCUUAAGCCUGUCGUCCUCCAAGUCAAACUCGCAGGCGUUCAUGAACACCCCUCACCGGGGGAACUGGUGGUACUACUCCGGCUCCAUGAACAGCAGGAACAACAGCUGGGAUACAGUCAACACGGUGCUUCCAGAGGAUCCAGAGGACAUUUUCUCCAAGUUCCCACGCUUACCGGAGCUGGAGGAGUUCCCGUGGAUGGAGGAGGACGUGGGGAGGGUCGUGCGUAAAGGCGCGGGGAAGGGCGCCUCGCUCUCCGCGGAGGCUGUGCGCAGACUGGCCGCCCUGAUGCGCAGGGCGCUGAUCCGCAUCUCCAGAGAGGCGCAGCGGCUCAGUGUCAUGCACUGCAGAUGCACCAGGUUCGAGGUCCAGAGCGCGAUCCGUCUGGUGCUCAGCUGGGCGCUGGCGGAUCACUGCGUCUCGGCCACUGUGAAGGCCAUAUCUAUGUACAACAGUUUCAAAUAUGUACUACAGAGUCUGAAUAGGCCUACAGAUCCAUAA